UGAGUUGACGAGUAAGGUAAACACAGGCCUGUCGAUCGAUCGCAAGUACUACUCUACGCGCCAAGUCUCACAAGCAUAUUCUAGCCUGAAAUUAUACAGUCGCAUACCGGUUCAUUAAUAGAAUACAUUGAUAAAUCAACAGUAGCUCUCUCACACCAUGUCGUCUAGACCGAUUAGGAAACGCGCUGAGACGCAUCAAGCAAACAAGAUCCUGUUGGACUACAAUGUAGGCAGAACCAUCGGUGAAGGAGGCUUCGCCAAAGUGAAACUUGCACGCCACAAGCAUACCGGUGAAGCGAUUGCAAUCAAGAUAGUCGAUAAAACAGCUUUAUCUAAGGUGGAUGUAGAUCGAUUGACGCGUGAGGUGGCUGCGUUGCGCACCCUCACACACCAGAAUAUCUGCCAGUUGUACGAGGUUUACGACUGUGGUGACAAGCUUUACAUGCUUAUGGAGUACGCGCCGGGCGGCGAGUUAUUCGAUUACAUUGUGCAAAAGCAGCGCCUCAAGGAGCACGAGGCCCGCAAAUUUUUACGAGAGAUUGCGGCUGCAGUUGCCUUCUGUCAUCAGAACAACUUUGUACACAGAGAUCUAAAACCAGAAAAUCUUUUGCUAGAUGCCAACAAGAGUGUCAAGCUGAUCGAUUUUGGGCUCGUAUCAAACCCUGUCGAAGGUCACCACGUGAUGCUGCAGACAUGCUGUGGUUCACCCGCAUACGCAGCCCCUGAACUCAUCGCCGGCGAAGAGUACGUAGGCGUAAAGGCCGAUAUGUGGUCUCUGGGUGUGCUCAUGUACGCUCUGCUGUGUGGAUUCCUUCCAUUCGAUCACGAUAACAUUACCAUCUUGUACGAGAUGAUUACCAGCGCAAAGUACGAAGUACCCGAUUGGGUGUCUCCCGAAAGCGCUGAUCUGAUCGCUCAGUUGCUGCGACCAACUCCCAGCGAGCGCUUGAGUAUCGAAGACCUACUCGCUCAUCCCUGGAUGAACAAAGGGUACGAAAACGAGCCUAAGCUCACCAGCGCCAGUACAGUGAAGACCGCCCUAGACAGCGAUGUGUUGCUGGAGAUGUCAUCGUACAUCUGCAAGCCCGUGGAUGCCAUCACCGAGUAUCUGCAGACGAACAAAUUCGGGCCUGUGUCCACCCUAUAUGCACUCUUGAACAUCAAGAAGACCCGCGGCGAAUGGCCUCCCAUAUACCCCGGCGCCAAGAACAAACUCGACACUAGUACAACGUCAUCCCCCGCGCCUGUCAAGGCUGCUAGUAGUAGUGCGUCUAGGCCCACCCACGCGGCAAGUGCGUCUGUGGAUAAUAUAGACAUGGCUGGUUCUGCACCUCACCUGUACACACAGGCGAGUGUGGGUAGCACGUCUCUACGCAAUCCCAGCAACGAAGUCGGUUCGAUACCUCUGACCCAGAGCACAUGCAAACCGGUACGAAGUCACUCAACAGACGCAGGAGAGUACCUUCGACACGGUACGGGCGAGACUAUUGAUAUGGCUGGCUUUGAAGCGGCACAGUCUCCCGGACCUACGCCUAUGGACACGAGCAACUCUCCGCCCAGCUACACUCACGCACACUCAAUGCAGGGGUCCCCAGUCACUACGGGACACUACCAGAAGCACAGUUUGGAUAAUAAGUACGACUAUCUGGCCCAGACUGGGAGCAACGGCGCGAGCAUGUUUGCGUCGCACUCAGACGAUGUAUUCAGUACACGUGCCCCCGCAGAUCCCAUGGAGCUCAGUGAAGAAGACCCGCACUCGCGUAGGAGCAAUGAUGACAUGUCCACACCUACCAAUGCGGGCAAGUUCAGCUUCGAUCAGCUUACGUUUACUAUUAAGAACGCGCUGGGUGGUGGCAACAAAGCUGGUAACAACGGUGCCGGUAGCAGCCAAAAUAACGGCUCGUCCAAUGAUCCCACAUCGCCCAAGAAGGACCCCAUGGCAUACCUACCUAUCUCUGUGAGUGGUAUGUUCACCGUGGAUUCUACCUCCGGUAAAGCGGCCAAGGAUGUUCUGCACGAGAUCAUCCGUGUGUUGAUUCAUAACGAGAUUCACUUUGCGCAGAAAGAGCCCUUCCUUCUCGGCUGCAAGAAGCAGGAGGGUGGCAAGUCGAUCGUGUGGGAUAUGGAGAUUUGCCAUAUCGAGAAACUCAACCUACGAGGCAUCAAGUUCAAACGCACAAAGGGGGAGUUUAUGAAGUAUAAAGGGCUUGUAGCCACUAUACUUGCACAAGCUAAUCUGUAAGUCCAGUAGCCGGUACAAAAUUAAUCUCUACGUCUAGUAGUCGAUACAGUAUUAGACAGAGCGACGCGACCACAGCAGUCAAGUAGGGUAUGAUUGCUGGUAGUUUGGAGAAUAAGGGUUCGAAGAGCGCCCACUCUACCAGCUUAUUCCGAGCAUUUAGGUAUCACUGUAGUAGUGACGGUAUUCAAGCAUGCUUUGUGUGGAGCAUUUGAACACGCUUUUUGGAGUUUACAUGUAUACCAAACAUUGUGUCAAGAACAGUCAGACUCAAAGACUGUUUGGCGUGGAUGGCUAUGCAUAGUAACAACGACCGGCUACUUGUAGUAGCGUGUCCGCGAGAUGAUCCUCACAUUUUAGAAAUAAGGGACACCAAAUAGCUACACCGGCGUGGAUGGUUAUGCAGACUGAUAACGACAGGUUACUAACAGUAACGUGUCUGCGAGACAAUCCUCAUAAUUAGAGAUAGAGACAGCAACGAGCUACAGUAAUCCAUACUAGCGGGUCGCCCCACCCAGGACGACAUGGCAAGUGCGCGUAGAGUGUCUGUAUGACGAUGUUGUACAGUUCCCUAUCCCUAUAGUGUAGUAUAAUGUUGGUCUGCGAAUUGAAGUAGUCUUAUCGACAGUAUGUGUUCGACACACGUACGAUCCCCCACUUUGACGGGAAACCCUUCUUUGGUAAAUAGUUAACGUUCUCUUAAGGACGUCACGCGACAGUUUUAGUGGGAUAAUAUGGGCCGGGGUCAGUCGUCAGUGCGCCGCACACUCCUGUGUGAGGGUUCAAGUGCUGACCUUGCACUUGCAGUGCUAGUGUUGCACAGCAUUUGAUUGUUGGUCUCUUGCGUUUACGCCCAUCCAUCUUGUUUGAUGACAAGAGUUUUCUAAUAAAGAACAAUGCGGAAA